AUGCAGGGCAGUUUGAAGAAGCGAAUCAUUAUGCAGCAACCGACUCACGUCUCUUCUAUUUCGCAUCAACCGAUUCGCACCUCCACUGUACACCUACAUAAGAAGAAGCUAACCGAAGAGGAGAUACAAGAGUUGCAUCAGGAAUUGGAAACUGUCGAUCACGUGAUAGCACUGGAGAUUCUGUACGAGAAGUUGGGCACAAACGCGGAAACGGGCCUGACGAAGGAGCAGGCGCGCAAAAUCAUGGAACGAGAUGGACCAAACGCUUUGUCACCGCCUAAGGUCACGCCAGAAUAUAUCAAGUUUCUUAAAUGCAUGUUUCACGGAUUCGCCGCGUUACUCUGGGUCUGCGCGAGCCUAUGUUUCAUUCUGUACGCAGUCACUCAUUUCAUGCACGAGGAUGACGUUGGUAUCGCAUGGCUAGGAAUAAUCAUUGUUGUGAUAUGCAUCACUUCGGGAGUAUUUGCAUACAUACAGGAGAGCAAGAAUAUUAAAGUGAUGGAGUCCUUCAAGAAGAUGGUGCCUACUUUCGCUACCGUGAUCCGCGACGGUACAAAACUACGGCUGGGUACAGGGGAGCUAGUCUUAGGCGACCUGGUAGAGAUACGCAUGGGCGACAAGAUACCAGCCGACAUACGGAUAAUCGAGUGCCGCGGGCUCAGAGUCGAGAAUUCGAGCAUCACUGGCGAGAGCGAGCCGGUGGCGCGCACCGAUUAUCCGACCGACAGAAAUCCGCUCGAGUCCUCUAAUGUGGCCUUCUCCACGUCAUUUGCUGUCGCGGGUGAUGGCAAAGGGAUCGUGAUCGCCACGGGUGAUCGUACUAUGAUAGGCCGUCUGGCCGGUCUCACGUCACAUCUCGUGAAAACCGAGACACCAAUCGCCAAAGAGAUUAGGCAUUUUGUCGAGAUAAUCACUAUCGUAGCCGUUCUAUGCGGCGUGGCAUUCUUCGCUCUGUCGCUGCUGAUCGAGCCCAGUCUCGUACGGGCAUUUACUUAUCUACUCGGUAUAGUUAUCGCCAACGUGCCUGAAGUACUGCUAGUGACCGUAACAACAGUCUUAACCCUGACUGCUCAGAAAAUGGCGAGUAAGAACUGCUUGGUGAAGAACCUAGAGGCGGUCGAAACUCUAGGCUCGACAUCGGCGAUCUGUUCCGAUAAGACGGGCACGCUCACGCAGAACAAGAUGUCCGUAUCUAAUUUGUGGUUUGGCCAUACCAGGUUUCACUUUCCACCGGGCGAGAGAAUCGGCGUCGAGAGGGACUUGCUAUUAGAGAAGCCAGCUUUCGACGUAAUGCUACGAGCCGCCACCCUUUGUUUGCGUGCCGAGUUCACCGCCGAGUCCUUCAUGCUGGCACCGAUCGAGGAGCGCGAUAUUAUCGGUGACGCAUCUGAGACCGGUAUUCUCAAGUUUUGCGAGCACAUUCAUCCUACGCAAAGAUACCGCGAGGCUCAUCCGAAAGUUGCAGAAAUCCCCUUCAGUUCUAUGACCAAGUAUCAGUUGUCGAUACACCGAGACAGCAAUGGUUAUACGAUGAUAUUAAAAGGUGCACCGGAGGUAAUCAUGGAAAAUUGUACGACGAUACUGACUGCGACCGGGGAAACGAAAGAGAUGACCGCCGAUGAUCACGCAAUAUCUCGCCGUGCUUGCACCGAACUGGGUUACCUUGGCGAGCGAGUCCUAGCGUACUGCGAUCUGGAUCUGCCUAGCAAUGUGUACGGGCCAGAUUACAAGUUUGACACCGACUCGCCCACAUCCUAUAAUUUUCCUGUCAAAGGAUACAGAUUUGUGGGCUUGAUAAGUCUGCAAGAUCCUCCGAGGCCUGGUGUACCCGAGGCGGUACACAAGUGUCGUACCGCCGGUAUAAAAGUGAUCAUGGUGACGGGUGAUCAUCCGGUGACGGCGAUGGCGAUUGCCAAGAAGGUAGGUAUUAUAAGCGAAGGUCAUGAAACUCGUUAUGAACGAGCGAUUCUGCAGGACAAGUCUUACACUCAAGUAACCGAUUCCAUGGUCGAUGUCGGCGCGAUUGUGAUUACCGGUGCCGAAUUGAGGAACAUGGAUACAAGUGAACUGGAUAAUGUUAUACGCCGUUACGAGGAAAUUGUGUUCGCAAGAACGUCGCCACAGCAAAAGCUGUUGAUUGUUGAGAGUUGCCAACGGUUGGGAGAGAUCGUCGCAGUUACCGGCGACGGUGUCAAUGAUUCACCGGCAUUGCGAAAAGCUGAUAUAGGAGUAGCGAUGGGGAUUGCGGGCUCCGACGUUGCCAAAAACGCUGCGGAUAUGAUACUCAUGGAUGACAACUUUGCAUCGAUCGUGACCGGUGUUGAGGAGGGUCGUCUGAUAUUCGACAAUUUGAAGAAGUCGAUUGCGUACACGUUAACCUCGAGUGUGCCGGAGAUGUUGCCAAUGUUGAGCAGUUUAUUAUUUGCGAUUCCUUUACCGUUGGUCAUUGAACUGGUUAUCUGCAUAGACGUCGGCACUGACGUGGUCCCUGCGAUUGCUCUGGCUUAUGAAAAAGCUGAGUCUGAUAUAAUGCGCCGGGCACCGAGAAAUCCUCAGUACGACAAACUGGUGAACAAGCGUUUGAUAUCCAUUACUUAUGGCCAGAUAGGAAUGACGCAGGCGUUCGCUGGAUUUUACACUUAUUUCAUGGUACUUAUGAUGAACGGCUUUAUGCCCGAUCGUUUGUUGGGUUUACGAAUAGAAUGGGAGAACCCAUCCAUAAAUGAUUUACAAGAUUCCUGGGGCCAAACGUGGACCUACAAAAACAGAAUGAAUCUCUUGAUGGAAGCGCAAAGCGGAUAUUUCCUUUCCAUUGUUAUAACACAAAUGAUAGAUCUGGUCAUGUGCAAAACUAGGCGCAAUUCCAUCUUUCAACAAGGAAUGAGCAACUGGUUUGUUAAUUUUUCCUUUGUUUUUGAAAUUAUUCUAACAGGGUUAUUGCUCUAUAUUCCAGGCACAGAAUAUGUAUUAAAAACUAUGCCACUGAUAGCUUACUGGUACUGGCCGUGUUUGCCGCUCGGUGCAUUUCUUUGGAUAUACGACGAAUUGAGACGUUUGUGUAUUCGUAUCUUUCCAGGUGGAAUUAUGGAAAGAGAAACGUACUAUUGA